AUGCCGCAGCCCUUCUUCUCCCUCUUCCUGGCACUCGUGCUGUCCGCCUCUGGCUUCCCCCUCCCGGCGGCUGCCCAUCAUCUCGGCAUCACCUCCCACGGCGCACCGGGAGGCCGAACGCCGCUCUCCACGCCCUCAAGCCUGCUCCCAGACCGGCUGAAAGAGCUGGGGGUGCCAGAAGGGGCCGAUAUCCUCUUUCAGCUGGAAUCCGACUGUCCUGAGGACAUCCCGGUGACCAUCCAAGGGCGGCGGGCGGCGGUCUGCAGGGUGUACGACCACGUGCGGGGGUGCCUGGGCACGGCGCCCGGCCGCCCGCUGCACCGGUUCGCCAACUGCUCCAGGGCCAACGGCGGCUGCGAGGUGCAGGCCUUCGGCAACGAGGCCACCGUGUGCAUCGCCCAGGCCGUGGGCCUGGACCUGUCGGACGCCGCGGUGAAGGACAGGUGCAACUCUCUCCUCACUGACCAGGGAUUGACCCAGGAAUUCCAGCCCGAGUUUGAGCAACCCAUUGCUGAGGGCGCCCUUUCUGUUUGUUACCUUGGGCAGCCAGAGGGUGGCAACACGACCAUCCAGUUCGUCUGUGUUGAGGGCAAACCAGAACUCCGCUUCAGGUUUAAUUUUGGCUUCCCGGAGGAGGCGGACGAUAAAGCCUACAGCUGCAUCCUGAAUCGCGAGUGUCUGGGAAAUGGAGAAUAUACUGAAGUUUCAUUGUGCUACAGAGAUGUGGAAGGCGCAUCAAGGCCGCCUGCAUUUUUUUUGAGCGAGGGCCGACACGCGUUCCCGAGGUUCAUGGCGGCGGCGUGGCUCGCGUGGGCUGUGGGAUGGCUAGUGUGGCUGAAUUCAUAG